AUGAAGACGGUGCAUGUUGACGGGACCGUUGACGAACGUUUCAAACCAGUUCAGGAAUCGUUCAGACGGAAUUUCACGGAGUGCUGGGAAAAAGGAGGUGCAACAUUUGCUGCCUAUCACAAAGGAAAGCUUAUUGUGGAUCUUUGGGGAGGAUAUGCCGACAAGUCGUGUAAUCGUCUGUGGAACGAAGACACGAUCACAAUGAUUUUCAGCUGCACAAAAAGCGUGGCAGCAAUAUGUGUGGCAAUGCUGGUCGAUCGAGGCUUGUGCAGUUAUGACGACAAGGUCAUACAAUAUUGGCCGGAAUUCGGGCAAAAUGGCAAGAGUGACAUCACUAUCGAAAUGAUUCUUGCCCAUAAGGCCGGCCUCCCAUAUUUCCAAGAGACACUGACAUUUGCGGAUCUGACUGAUCCUUUACGAAUGGCAACCAUCAUUGAACGGCAAGCUCCGAUAUAUCCUCCCGGCUCGAAGACCGCGUAUCAUCCCCUGACUUAUGGUUGGCUAAUAGAUCAGGUGUUCUGUCGCAUCGAUCCUCAUCAUCGAACUAUAGGGCAAUUUCUCCGCGAAGAAAUUGAAAGCAAACACCAUGUUGACGUCCACAUUGGGGAAUGCGCUGCCGAAGAGAUCCGUAUAGCUCGUCUGACUGGCCUUAAUAUGUCCGUCGCUGUCAGGGAGUUCGCUUACGAUAGAAAAGUCGCAUGGAUCGCAGCUCGGUCGAUGGAUCCACGUAGUUACUUCGCGAAAGGACUGAAGAAUAUGCGACAGUUCGGCAAGACUCUGUUCACGUUGUACAACAACCCUGAAACCCGUAUGGCUGGUCAACCCGCGGUCAACGGCGUUGGAUCAGCAAGGGGACUAGCGCUCGUCCAUCAACUUGCAAUGGAUGGAACGCUCCUCUCCUUAGAAACGAGGAAGAUGAUUUACGAACCUGCCUUUCCGAAUGAACUUGACCAUUCCAUUGGAGAAGUGCAAAGUAAAGGGCAUGGUUUUAUAUACACACGAAGUCCCACGGGUUCGUGGCAGAUUGGACAUAUGGGAGUUGGUGGUCAGGCAGUACGUUUCGAUCCAGAAAACGAUCUUGUUCUGUGCUACCUCACAAAUGCUAUGAAAGCAGGCAGCGGAGAACACACCUACACCUUCAAUAGGUUACAAAAGAAAUUGUAUGAAAUAUUGAAAUGCUAG